AUGCACGUUCCUAGGCUUGAGGUGGAGGUCGUUGCUGGUCAUUCGGAGCGUCCCGAGGCAACCUCUCUGGUAUUGGGCCCGGAAGUUUGUCCAUCCACAGCACGCGUCCCUCCCAAAGCAGAGGAGAGGCUGACAACGUCAUCUUCUCCACCCGGUGUGUCUGAGAGUAGAGGCCGGCCUGAUCACCCGACCCGCUUCUCUUGGGACCACUCGCUGGGUAGCCCGUCCCGUUUCCCCCAGGUUCCUACGCGGCACAGAGUACCUGUGGAGCGCCUGGACGAGGAAGCGGAAGAAAGGGAGAGGGAGCGGCAAUCGACUAUGGAACUUCAAUACCCGACCCAAAAAACACCUGAGAUCGAGAGCCGAGACUGGAUAGCGCUGAAAAUGCUUCGGCUCGAGCUGGAGGCAGAAGGCCGUCUUCCUCUUAACCCUAGCCGUGGUCGUUGCUGCUGUUGA